AUGUCUGCCUGUAUCAGAUCUAGUAGUACAAAGCAUGGUGCUGUAAACACCCCUAAGAAGCUGCGCGCUGCUACCCAGUCCUUCAAGGCUAUGAUGGGCAAGAUUGAACCUGAGGAGGUAUUUGACAGUGGAGAUGACUAUGUCCCAAGGCCAAAGCAGAAGCCCAGACAGCCAGCUAAGCGUGGACCUCCCAAGCAUCCAUCUGCAAGGGCCAAGGCCAGCGCUGCUGAAGUCCGCCGCUUCAUUGAUGAUGAAGCUCGGGAGGCCAGAGGGAUUGAGGGCACUGACGAUUAUCAAGACCAUUAUGAUGAAGAUAUUGUUGAGCUUUCUGAUGAAGAGGAUGACCAGCAGGAGAUAGCAGAUGUGGCUACAAUUGUGUCGAGUGAUGAUGAGCCUGUUGUAUCUACCAAAGGCCAUGCCUCUACCUCAAGACUGAGAAGACGUCGCUCCAUCCUUGAAAUGUCCAGGUCAAGCCCUGACUGGGACACUGACCUUGUGGGUUCAACCCCAGAUAGUCCCAUCAAAAGGGCAAACCUGACAGGGUCUGCCAGACAGUCCAGCAACACCAUCCCCAAGGAGUGUAGCAUUGAGCGACCAAGUCCUGUUGCAGAUGAAGAAGAGUCCCUGAAAGCAUCACCAACCAAGAAGUCACGUACAACGGUCAAUAAAGGCAAAGGCAAGGCAAAGGCGGUAGUCCUUUCCGAUGCAGAGGAUAAUCCAUUCAUUGCUGGAACAAGUAACAACUGUGAUAUACAGGGAGGCUGUGUUCAUUGGGGGCAAACAGUAAAUGGUCUCCAUUUUGAUGUGAACGGCAUUGAACCUUUGGGUACCAGACUUGACACUGUCGUUGAGAUACCAGAAACCCUCAAGCGUGGGAAGCAACCAUCUGGAAAGGACAGAGAUGAUGCUGCUGGUGUUCCUGGUGCAGUGCUCAUUAGCUACAUGAUGCCCAAGCUUGAGCUCUUUCCCCCUACAGGCAAUGAGCACUGCAAGCAAUUGGACAAGGACAGUGUUGAGGGAUGGCUUGAGAACACAUAUGCAGAUAUGUGGCCUAUGCGUAAACAUGAUGUUCCUGAGCAUGCGUUUGUUGAGACAAAUCCUGUCAUCAAUGCAUUCCAGGAACAUGGCAUUCAUAUCCACAGACAGAACUUCAAGCGCACUAUCCAGUGGUCCUUCACUGGCAACUGGCUUGUCAACCCUGCCCCAAUAGAUGAAUCCCAAUCCCGCCCAUCAUACUCCAGAAAGUCCUUUGUUGACCUGACUAAGGUCGUCAAGAGCCCCAUGAAGGACAAGUACCCAUCUGGGAUGCCAGGCACUAUUUUGAGCAGCAGGAGGCCCCUGUCUUUGACAUUGAGACAAUUGCCUGCCAACUGUCCUAUUGUUGAGAAGGAGCCAGUGCACCAUUCUGUUGUGGCUGUGCUGCACACUGUGUCCACCUAUGGUCGUGCGGGUGAGCCUACCAAUCUGUCACUCAAUGUUGUUGGUGUUGUCAUCUUGGUUGGGAAUGAGGCUAGGGGUAACUGA